AUGUCGUCUGAAGAAUCAGUUUACGUACAACUAGGCCCACGAAAAUGGAAACUAGGCGGUGAAUAUUUGAAAUUGAUGGAACCAUGCAAUCAAUGUUUGGAAGCUGAAGAUGUAGGUUUAGCAUUGAGAAAUCAAUUAGAUGAAAAAGGCUAUAUCUAUUUGAAACAUGUCAUACCAGAAGACGAUGUACUAAAAGCGAGAGCGACAGGUAAAAUGGCAUCUGAUUUUGCAAAAAUAGAACUAGUCUACCUUGUUUCAGUUCUUGAAUACAUUCAAAAUCUAAAUGAUACCGGCUUACUAGAGAAGCCAGUAUUCUCGUCAUCGUACAUCGAUGGCAUUCUGUCACGUGGUUGCGAUGUGGGAUGCGUUCCUUUUAUGGAAGGAAGCAACCCAAUCACUACUCAUCCUGCCGUUUCAGCGAUCAUCGAAAAUCCGAAAUUGUAUCAGAUCUUCACUAACAUAUUUCACGGCGUACGUCCUAUAACGUUUGGUUAUAAAUGGUUGCGAGGUAUGCAUCAAGGUGGUAAUACUGGUUGUCACAUGGAUCGAGUCUACAUGAACCGUGGCUCGUCACAAUUGUUAACAUGUUGGAUCCCAUUGGAUAAUCUGACAUUGGAUAUGAGUGUACUAGCAGUUCUAGAAGGUAGUCAUCGAAUGGAUAGACCAGAUGAGAGUGGGUAUACAAAAUUACAAAAUACGUAUGCAAACAUGGAUGUCGAUAGAGAUAAACUACAAGGAACUGGAUGGUUUACACAAGAUCCAAUGGAGUUCUAUCAACUGAAUGACGUGUCAAAAACCGAGGACACAUCUGCACCUGUUUGGAAAACAACCGCUUUUUCCGCUGGUGAUAUUCUGAUCUUCACAAUGCGUACCAUUCAUAUGUCAUCGAUUAAUUUAACGAAUAGAUUACGUCUUUCAUGUGAUACACGUUGGCAGCCCGCAAAUGAACCAGUCGAUCCUAGAUUUAUUCAACAGGACAAAAAAAUGCCAUUGGGCCAUGCGGAGACAAAAUUUGGUCUCUAUGCAAAGAGUGAUGAUAAUAUUGAAGACGGAAAAACGACUAUGGAACACUGGCGAGAAAAAUGGGGCUUUCUUAUAAACUCAUCCUGA